CUGACCUCUACCAGUGACCAUGUGACUGGUAAGAAGAGGAUGUGGGGAUUAGAAAUGGAGGUAUAAAAGCACAAUGUAGACAAGGUGCUCCCUAAAGUCAAGCAGCACAAAGAAGAAGCAUUGAACAGAGGCUUCCUGGGAUACCUGCAGCACAAGACACUCGAAAUGAACGCCAGUCCACCAGCAGGAAGUGCCCUGUCCCCCGGUGGAGCAGCGGGGCCCACCACUCCCAAAAAGGGUCCACCUAAGUUCAAGCAGAGGCAGACCCGCACAUUCAAGAGCAAGGCUCCCAAGCCAGGCCAGAAGGGCUUCGGAGACGACAUCCCCGGCAUGGAGGGCCUCGGCACUGACAUCACAGUGGUGUGCCCAUGGGAAGCCUUCGGCGACAUGGAGCUCAGCGACUUGGCCAAAUACGGCAUCAUCUAAACCUCCUGCCUUCCUGCACCUUUCCUCCGUAGGAUCCGUUCCGCCCGGCCUUCUCUCCGUCUCAGCCCGGCGAGCCGCCAUAAGGCUGCCAGCCAACCCCCUAACGCCCGCUCGUCUGACUGCCUCAUAUUUAUUAAAGUAUCCACUGAGUGGAUAUUGUUAUUUUUAUAUUAAUAUUAUAUAUAUAAAUAUAUAUAAGAUACUGUUUACAGUAUAUAUGCUUGAAAUGAGAAGACGAGAAAAAACCCACAAACCUUUUUCCAUCCCAUCAGCCAUGUAGAGAAGUUCCCCCCCAGCUACGGCCUUCCCGCUCUCUCCCUGUACUUCCGUUACCACGGCGAUGGAUGCAAGCCAAACGCUAGCUCAACACUAGCCUCUACUCACUUCUAGCUGUUUGUUAAAAUGUAAAUAACUCCUAAGAUUGAACCUUUUUACCUUCCUUUUGUACUCCCUCCCCCUCUUUAUUUUUGCAUCGUAUGUGUGAGGUGUGUGUGUGAAUGUUUUUAUUUUGUUCUGCUCCAUGUGACCCAGGUUAGAACCAAGAAGAGCGUGCAUCAUGCUGGAAGGGGUGAAAGCUACGAUGCACUUUCACAUGACCUCCCUUUCUCCCCACCAUCUAAACCCAGCUCCCUCUAAGAGAACUUUAAGACAUACGCUGCAUGCUUUUUGAGUGUUUUAAAGCACAAUACAGAAGAAAAUGUACUGUGAACUGGUGUGUACUGAUAGCUGUCAGUAAAGUAUGA